AUGGCGGAGGCGGUCGCCGUGGUGCGCGCGAAGAGGGCCGCGGAGGUGGCGGCAGGGGCGCACGGCGAGGCGGAGGCGCAGUUUCCGCGGUCGAUAAGUUUGCUGGAGGAGAAAUUCGACGCGUACGAGCAAGCCAACCUCCUGAUAUUCCGAUCCAAGUCCGACGGCGCGCCUAGCAGCAGCACGCGCGACUCGGGUCCCCUCGACACUCCCGACAGCAGCAUCGUCCCGACGAAUGCGGAGCUCGUGACACGUGGCGCGCGCACGUCGCUGAGACUGCCCGACUCCGCUACGGGGGGGGAGGAGGUCCCUGCAGAAGAGGAUGCGGAGGCGGGGGGAACAUGGGGAGGCGGAGCGGGCGGAGGGGAUGGCGCAGGGGGGAACGCUUCGUUCCGCGAGGGUUCGGGGAACGAGCGGGCGGGACCCAGCAGCAGUGGUCGUGACGCGGAAGACGAGAGGGGACUGGGUGCCUCUUCCCGCGCAUGCCCGCCGAAAAGCACGCGGGGUAGCUGCAGGGAGCACACAGGCGGGAAGGGGAAGGGCAGCAGCAGGGAGACACGGAGCAGCGGGGCAGGGGACGGCGGCGGGAAUGGGCGCGCGGAGGGCGGAGGGGAUGCACUCGGGGAAGGGCACGCUGGGGGGGCGGGAGGGUCGGGGGGGAAGAGCAUAGGGAGAGGGGGAGCAGAGGAGGGUGUGAGUGCUCCGCUGAUGCGCGUUCUGUCGGAGGAUUUUGGGCGGAGUGGGGCAGCUUGUCCGCACGUGGAGAGCGGCGUGCUGCAUGACGCAGAGGUGGAUGAGAUGGACUGCGAGGUGCUGCAAGAGGCCUUCACACGCGUGCUGGCGCUGCAGAAGCGAGUGCUGCACUACCGUGACCUGGGGGGCUUCGUGCUGCUCAUGGUGCUCUUCAUCACCAUCCUCUACCUGCAGGCUGAUUCCUCCCGCAGCUAUGACAUCACUGCUGCCCACUCCGUGCUCUACCCGCCUGACGCCACCAACACCUUUGCGGGCGCAGACGAUUUCUACCAGUGGCUCAACAAUAGCAUCAUACAAACCCUCUGGGCGGACUUCACGUGUGGCGAUGGCACGUGCAACCGCCCCUUCCAGUACCCCGCGUUCGGCCGCUUUGGCUGCGAGGCGGACUGCGGCACGUUCCCCAACCUCACCUCCGUGGUCGUGCACCUCUCCUCGCAGCUGCACACGCAGCAGGCGGCCGAGCAGUCCUCCUGGAACCUCUGCAUGGAUGAUGGCAGUGCGGUGGAUGCGAGUGGGACUGACAUCUGUCGCGAUGUGAGUGGCCGACUGGUGCUUGCUUAUUGGUUUGAUGCAUCUGAAAUGUUUGAACCGGCAGGUGUUGAUGGUGUGGUUGUUGCGUGUGUGCGGCUUGCCACAUGUCUGCCAGAAGCGUGUGGCCGCACAUUCACAGAGAGGGAGGUGGCAGGGGCGUUUGUGGACUGUGCGCGCAUGUGCAUCGUCGCACCCGCCGCCAUCGCUCCCUAUGAAUCUGCCUCCUGCCCCAUCGCAGAGAUAGCCACCAUAUUCCCCAACACCCCCUGCAACACCUCAGCCUCCAACACCUCUCGCUUCCCCCGCCGGAAGGUACUGCUCCUCUUUCCACUCCUUGCUGUCUCUUUCCACUCCGUGCUGUCUCUUUCCACUCCUUGCUGUCUCUUUCCACUCCUUGCUGUCUCUUUCCACUCCGUGCUGUCUCUUUCCACUCCUUGCUGUCUCUUUCCACUCCUUGCUGUCUCUUUCCACUCCUUGCUGUCUCUUUCCACUCCUUGCUGUCUCUUUCCACUCCUUGCUGUCUCUUUCCACUCCUUGCUGUCUCUUUCCACUCCUUGCUGUCUCUUUCCACUCCUUGCUGUCUCUUUCCACUCCUUGCUGUCUCUUUCCACUCCUUGCUGUCUCUUUCCACUCCUUGCUGUCUCUUUCCACUCCUUGCUGUCUCUUUCCACUCCUUGCUGUCUCUUUCCACUCCUUGCUGUCUCUUUCCACUCCUUGCUGUCUCUUUCCACUCCUUGCUGUCUCUUUCCACUCCUUGCUGUCUCUUUCCACUCCUUGCUGUCUCUUUCCACUCCUUGCUGUCUCUUUCCACUCCUUGCUGUCUCUUUCCACUCCUUGCUGUCUCUUUCCACUCCUUGCUGUCUCUUUCCACUCCUUGCUGUCUCUUUCCACUCCUUGCUGUCUCUUUCCACUCCUUGCUGUCUCUUUCCACUCCUUGCUGUCUCUUUCCACUCCUUGCUGUCUCUUUCCACUCCUUGCUGUCUCUUUCCACUCCUUGCUGUCUCUUUCCACUCCUUGCUGUCUCUUUCCACUCCUUGCUGUCUCUUUCCACUCCUUGCUGUCUCUUUCCACUCCUUGCUGUCUCUUUCCACUCCUUGCUGUCUCUUUCCACUCCUUGCUGUCUCUUUCCACUCCUUGCUGUCUCUUUCCACUCCUUGCUGUCUCUUUCCACUCCUUGCUGUCUCUUUCCACUCCUUGCUGUCUCUUUCCACUCCUUGCUGUCUCUUUCCACUCCUUGCUGUCUCUUUCCACUCCUUGCUGUCUCUUUCCACUCCUUGCUGUCUCUUUCCACUCCUUGCUGUCUCUUUCCACUCCUUGCUGUCUCUUUCCACUCCUUGCUGUCUCUUUCCACUCCUUGCUGUCUCUUUCCACUCCUUGCUGUCUCUUUCCACUCCUUGCUGUCUCUUUCCACUCCUUGCUGUCUCUUUCCACUCCUUGCUGUCUCUUUCCACUCCUUGCUGUCUCUUUCCACUCCUUGCUGUCUCUUUCCACUCCUUGCUGUCUCUUUCCACUCCUUGCUGUCUCUUUCCACUCCUUGCUGUCUCUUCCCCCUCCUUGCUGUCUCUUCCCCCUCCUUGCUGUCUCUUCCCCCUCCUUGCUGUCUCUUCUCCCUCCAUGCUGCUGUUCCAUCCAUCUAUUGUCGCCAUUCCUGCUGCUAUCUCUGCUUCUCCUUCGCCCGUCCCCCCUUGUCACACAUCUACCCGCAUCAGCUGCAGUUGUGCUGCACUCUCUGCAUUGUCGUUCUCACGAGCACUUUUCACCAUGGCCAAAGACAGAUGCCUGGCAGGGCGGGCCCCUGGGAGCAUGGCAAGGCACUUAGAGGGAGGCGCAGGCAGCGUGCGGGCAGGCAUCGUGGCCUCCCUGUGCACGGCACUGGGAGGGCCUGUUGCAACCAUGGAGGAGUGCCAGUUGCGGGACGAGACGGGGCAGCAGAUGGCGACAGUAGGGGAGAUGUAUGCGUACCUGCACCGCACGCAUGUGCGCGGCGGGCGGGUGAUCUCGGCGCAGCACAUGCGGCGGUUUGUGCAGACGGUGGUGGCGGCGCUGCGGUCGGUGACGGGGCUGGACGAGGCGUCGUGUGCGCGCGUCACCACGCUGCUGCAUGGGUUCGAUGAUGCCAUUGUCACGUCUGAUGCAGUUGGCAUUACCUUGUGUCCCACACCUACCAUUGCUGUGCCGCCCACCACCACCACCACCACCACCACCACCACCACCACCACCACCACCACCACCACCACCACCACCACCACCACCACCACCACCACCACCACCGCCGCCGCCGCCGCCGCCGCCGCCGCCGCCACCGCUGCCACCACCGCUGCUGCCGCCGCCGCCGCCUCCACCACCACCGCCACCACCACCAUCCCCGCUCUUCCCCCAUCGCCGCUGCUGCUGCCACGGUUGGCGAACGGGGUGUGCGAUGCGGCAUGCAACACGCGUGCAUGCGCCUUUGACGGUGGCGACUGUGCGUGUGUCGACCCGCUCUUUGGCCCCGGCAUCUGUGCCUGCCCGCCCGCCCACACACGCCGAGAUGAUGGUUCAUGCUGUCUGUCCACAGCAGUGGGCACCAACCUCAACUUUCCCUUCUCGCUGCAGCGAUACGGCCCCAACUACACCGAAACCAACCAUGCCUUCGCUGCUGAGAGAGACACCGCUGUCCAUCGCUUUGUCUCGCAUCGCAACCGGCUUUUGAUAGGUAUGGUGCUGCAGCAGGACAGAGUGAGCACGCAGGUCUGCACAGGAGAAGGGGUGCUACACCUGGGCGGCUGGUGCAGCAGCGGCCCAUCCAGGGACCCCUUUGGCGUGAACCCGCACUUCCUGGCCACCUCGUCCCUCUACGACACCGCUGCCACCGCCAACAUGAGCCAGCUCGACAACAGCACCUUCGGCUCCAAGCUGCUAUUCAACCCACAGGGCCUCCCCUACGGGUUCAUCUACCCUGUGGACGCGCUGCCGCGCUUCCCUCUGGUGUUUGACAUCAACCUGGACAACGAGGCGGCCACAAGGCGCUUGCAGUACCUGGUGGAAGGCGGCUACAUUGACAACAGCACACGCACCAUCGACGUCAGCUUCAUCACCGUCAAUGGCGAGGCACGCACGUUCGUGCUCACGACAGUGACAUGCGACGUGAACACGGGCGGGCAGAUCGGCGUGACGAUCAAGUCGCAGCCAGCAGCGAUGCACAUGUACGGCGGCGGGGGCGGAGGCACAUCCCCCGCCAACACCACGCGGCUCAUCCUGGAAAUAUUCUACGUGCUGGGGCUGCUGUGGAACGUGUACGGCGAGGCGUGUGAGAUGAUGGACCAUGUGCGCAUGGAGGGCACGGUACUCGGGUACUUUGGCCUCGUGUGGAACUGGGUGGAUCUCUUCUCGCUCGCACUGCAGUUCACCGCCAUUGCCAUCUGGAUAGUGCUGUGGAGAGCAGUGGAAUCAUUCGACAUGCAGCCACGCUACAACAUCUACUACUCGCUACUCGAGAUGCCGCGCUACUGGGCCGUGCCCAAUCCGCCUACAGGGUUCAUGCUGGCGGGGCAGGCAUUCCUAGACCUGCGCUACAUCAUCAACGUGCGCGCCGUGUACUUUGCAAUGCAGGGCAUCAACCUGUUCCUAAUGAUGGUGCGUCUGCUCAAGUUCAUGGACUUCCAGCCAUACCUUGGCGUCAUCACCCGCUCGCUCGCCCUCGCCACGCCCUCGCUGCUGCACUUCUUCCUGCUCUCAUUUGCGGUCUUCUUCUGCUUCAGCAUGUAUGCCUACCUCGUCUUUGGAGGCGCACUCGAGCAGUUCUCCACAAUCCUCACCUCCAUGUUCUCCUGCUUCCUGCUGCUCCUCAACGACAACUCCUCAGCCUACUUUUUCCAGCGCCUCGAGUCCUGGGACCUCAUAGCCGCCAUGCUAUUCUUCUUCAUGUUCAUCGUGCUCAUGGUCUUCAUUCUCCUCAACUUCCUCAUCGCCAUCAUCGUCGAUGCCUUCAUGAGCGUCAAGGACAGCAACGUUGUUGCCACGGCUAUCACCUCGGACAUCGCGCACAUUGUCAAGUACAAGUGGAAGUGCUGGUGCGGCCGCUACAUGCCGUACUCGCGCCUGCUGGAGCAGCUCGUUAGCCUCGGUGCCAAGGACACGCGUGUGGACGAGGCGGACCGUCGGAUGCGCCGCUUCAAGUCGAUCCAACGGCGGGUGGGGUCUGUGAUCUCCAAGCAGAUUGGCAGCGGCCACAGCAGCGCCUCCUCGUCUCACUUCACACGUGCAGCCGACUCGCACCCCGCCUUCCCCGCGGCGGCUGUGCCUCGGGUGCGGAAGCAGCACGUGCUGACUGUGAAGGACAAGCGCAUCGAUGAAAUCUCCCUCUCCAUCAUCCUGCAGCGCCGCCUCGACCGCGAGCUCAGCACUUGCAUCGCACAGCCCACCACAGCAACCCUGCUCUCGAGGCAGCUCCAUUCUCCCCUUGCAAACUUCAUCUCGUCAUCUCGUUCUUUCCACGCCAUUCUCCCCCUUCAUCACACGCCAUCUCCCAUACCUCUCUCCGCUCCCUUCCACUCUCUCCCUUCUCACCUCCUCCCUCCUGCUCUCUCCCGCCCCUCUCCCCAUCGCCCCGCAGCGAUCGCACGGGCACCACCAGUCAGGCGCCAGGAAGCCAUCGGGCCCCUUGUGCUCGGCCGUGGCAUGCUCGACCGUGUGCGGGGGCGCACACGACACGGGCAUGGAUGCGCUAUCGCAGGCGCUCGUGCUGCAGUGCGGGGAGGUGGUAAAGCAGUCCGCACUGCCAGUCAAGAAGCCCGUGCAGAAACUCAGCCUCGCGCACAUCCAGGAGGAGGUGGUGCGGAGCCAGCAGGCAGUGGAGGAGGUGAGGGGCAUGGUGAUGGAGCUGCAGAGCGAGCAUCCAUGGCGCGUCCCUCCAUGCGAGCAUCACCACCCCAGUCUUCCCCCACACAUUCCACACUCAGGCAGCGGUCGCCUGAGCACGGGCUGGGCCAGAAAAGGCUGAGCGCAGAGAGCAGGGAUGAAGGGGACGAUGGCCUGACGGGAGUUGAGGGGGCGGCUGGGGAUUUGCAGCAGCAGGCAGUAGGUACUGGUAGUUCAGGUGGUGCAAGGAUAGGUAGGAGCUUGUCUGGCAAGCGGGGGUCGGGUAGACGGGUCUCGUUCCGUGACGGCACGAUGGAUGAUGAGGAGGAUGCUUUGAAUAGAAAGGAAACACAGCAGCAACAGUCGUUAAUAGAGAAGGCUAAAUAUUACUAG